AUGACUGAAAAUGAAAAGCUUUCGAAGUCUAAUGAACUAACUCUUAAUUCAACGACGGCAAAACAGUAUUUAGAAGAAAUAUAUGAGCAUAAGAACACUUUUGGAAUGAAUCAAACAAUGAAAACACGAAAAUUUGCAUUAAAAAAGAAUCAACUCAAAGAUUUCAUUACUUCAUCGCAAAAAUUUGAUUUAGGACAAAUAAAUGACACAGAUACUAACCAAGAUUCUGCUCUCAAAGAAGAUGAAGAAAAAACAAAACAAGAAUUUGUACCAAAUAUACUUUUAGAUAAGAUACCAUCAUUUGAAUUAGAGCCCAUUUCAGUUGUAAAGCUAAAAUAUCCUAGAUCUGAUGGAAUAAAUCGUUUAGAUCGAGCAACUCAACAUUUAAUGAAUGAUAUGGAUGAAUUAGACUCAUCACUAUCAUCACUACAGAUGACAUUACAAUCAAUAGAAACAGCCUGUACCAAUUGCGAACAUUCCGCAAGGCUUAAUAGCGUUAUGAGUUCUUCAGGUCUUAGACAACUUACACAGAUUCAUGACAAUCAUUCUAAUUCGAAUUUCUUUACGUUUAUUUGGAAUAAGAUCCUUGAUUGGGUUUUAUAA